CUUUGUCUAGGGUCAGCACUGUCCAGUUCCACCUUGCCAACCUCUGUGCAGACUGCACCCAUGUUUUCUCGCUUCCUCUUUAUUUAUUUUUAAAUUUUUGGAAUGUGGGUGCUUGUAACUUUAAGAAAAGUCUUUUUCUCUCCCUCUCCUCUCUCUCUCUCUCUUCUGUUCCUCUCCUCCCAUUAACCCUGCUUGGGCUGGAAGGAAUGUUCACACACCCUUCCCUAUUUCUCUCUUGCCCCCUCCUUCCCUUUCAACUUGCUAAUCUAUCAAGCCUCUCUUCUUCUCCCAAACAAUUUUUCAGCAGUGUGUAGGAGUGGGUGAGUCAGGAACAGAGCAAAAGAGAAAAAAAAGGGGAAGGGACUUCCCCCCCCAUCUUCCACUGCCUUAGCUUUUCUCUGUUAUAUAUAUUUUUUUUGGAGAAGUCAGCUUUUUUGGAAAGCGGGAAGCGCUUUGGAGAAGUUAACCGGGCAAGUUUUGUUAUGAUAGCCCUUGCUUAUAGAUGUAGGCAUCAUCAGUUUUGCUUAGAAGCCAGAGCAGAAAGAGCUUGGCAAAGCUUGGAAAAGGGGAGAAAUCAGGUGCAAGUUUUGAAAAGCUGCUGAGACGCAAGAGAGUAGGAAAUCCGCGCUCGGAGUGGCAAGUGAAGCCAAACUUAAGCUGGAAAUUCGAAGGAAAGAACAUUUUAUUGGCACUCUCUUAUUUUUGUGAUACGGACAAAUGUUUCGAGCUGGGAAAUUAUUCUGAAUUUCCACAAGGAGUUUUUGUUUUUUUAAUAGAAAAGUUUGGAUCCAGUCGUUCUCCUGGGUACUGACUUCACCGAAGAUUUCGUCACUUGUUUUUGGGAUUCGGCUCCAGCGACAACCUUCUCCUUCGCCUCUUUUGAAACUUCUCAGUGAACUUGGGAGAUACUUGAGAGAGAAGCUGCCCCUGCCUCUUCCUGGGCUCCUCUGCCUCUGCCAAUGAUCCCCUAGAGUGUUUUGGGGAGCUGGGAUUUGUUGUGGGGACUUCAGUUUUGGAAAAUGGGUCAACUUGGCCGAUCGUUCUUCUCCUGCCUGCUGGCUUUGUGGAUGAGUAUCGGCAAAGCACAGGAAGCCGUGUUCUUCCAAGAGAGCCCUUCGAACCUGACAUCUUCCUUGGGCAAGGACAUCAAGCUUUCGUGCUCCGCCCUUUCCCUUGGUGAGCCACCUGAGAUCACUUGGCUGCGGGACGGAGCUGCCCUGGACUUGGCCGACAGUAACCAGAUGCAGUUUCCCUUGGAUGAUGAAGAAUGGAUGACCACCAGCGAAUUGAGCAUCCCUUCUGUUCAGCUCUCGGACAUGGGGAACUACCAGUGUGCGGCCUCAGUGAACGGAUCUGAAGUCCUCUCUGAUGAAGCCUACCUGAAGCUGGAAGGUCUCCCCUUUUUCACUGAAGAGCCCCAGGAUCUAGAGGUCACAGUCAACACCCCCUUCAACCUCAGCUGCAGGGCUCAGGGCCCUCCAGAACCAGUGCGGGUGAUCUGGCUGCAAGACAGCGCCCCCCUCAACUCCUUGAACGACCCGCAGGCCCGGACGCCUUCCACCCUGGCCUUGAGAGGUCUGAAUCACAGCGCAUCAUUCUCAUGCGAGGCCCACAACGAUAAGGGGGUGGGCACAUCUCGGACUGCAAAGGUGACAGUGGUACCUGGGCGGCCAAGUGCCUUAUCCCUUCUGCAUCGUAGUGACCACCACCUGGAAGUGACGUGGGAACCAGGACCGAGUGGGGCCUAUGCCCUUGAGUUCUGCACCAUCCAAGCUGUGCGCUCGGACGAGGACCUCAGCACCGUGUCGGACCGGGAACUCUAUAACCAGAACCUCCAUGUCCCGCCGUUCAGCCACACCCUAGAUGGCUUGAGCCCCUUCACCACCUACCACGUGCGGGUGUCCUGUCGCUCCCGAGAGGGCAACUCCCCGUGGACCCACUGGGUUGCUAUGGAAACCCUGGAAGGAGUGCCCACCGCUCCGCCAGAGAACAUCAUGGCCACGCAGAAUGGCACCUGCACCAUCGUGCAGUGGCGAGAGCCGCGUGGCGUCAUCAACGGGAUCAUACGCGGAUACAAGCUGGUCUGUCAAAGCGGCGACUCGCCCGAGGUGGUUGUGGAUGUGGGGCUGACCAACGAGACCGUCUUGAACCUGAACAAAACAGUACACAAUCUGACCGUCCGUGUCGCGGCCUACACACAAGCAGGAGACGGACCCUGGAGCAAAGCCAUCAUGGUUUCAACUGGGGAUGUCGAUGAACUGCCGCAGCCCCAGCCAGUAGAAACCACCGCCCCUGCCUUCUCCUGGCACUGGUGGUACGUGGUAAUUGCCAUAGCCACAGCCACCGCUGCCGCCGCCUUCAUAAUCAUCUUCUUGGCGCGGAUGAGGAGGAAGGAAACCCGCUAUGGGGAAGCAUUUGAACCCAGCAUGGAGCAGGGAGAGUUGGUGGUCCACUACCGAGUCCGCAAAUCCUACAGCCGCCGGACCACCGAAGCCACUUGUGAGUGUCAUGGAAGGAUGAACAGCCUGGGCAUUAGCGAGGAGCUGAAAGAGAAGCUGCGAGACGUCAUGAUAGAUCGCCACAAGGUGGCCCUGGGGAAAACCCUCGGUGAAGGGGAAUUUGGCUCUGUCAUGGAGGGGCAACUCAGCCAAGACGGAGCGGUCCUUAAGGUUGCCGUUAAGACCAUGAAAAUUGCCAUCUGCACCCGCAGCGAGAUGGAGGAUUUCCUCAGCGAAGCUGUCUGCAUGAAGGACUUUGACCACCCUAACGUCAUGAAACUGAUUGGAGUUUGCCUGCAGAACACAGAGAGCGAAGGAUACCCCUCCCCGGUUGUCAUCCUGCCCUUUAUGAAACAUGGAGACUUGCACAGCUUCCUGUUGUACUCCCGGCUUGGCGAGAGCCCGGUGUACCUGCCCACACAGACGCUGGUCAAAUUCAUGACAGACAUUGCUAGCGGGAUGGAGUAUCUCAGUAGCAAGAACUUCAUACACCGCGAUCUCGCCGCCCGCAAUUGCAUGCUGAACGAGAGCAUGACGGCUUGUGUGGCCGACUUUGGCCUCUCUAAGAAAAUCUACAACGGCGAUUAUUACCGGCAAGGCCGCAUCUCCAAGAUGCCUGUCAAGUGGAUCGCCAUUGAGAGUCUGGCCGACCGUGUUUACACCAUCAAGAGCGACGUGUGGUCGUUCGGCGUUACUAUGUGGGAGAUCGCGACGCGAGGCCAGACGCCGUACCCAGGUGUGGAAAACAGUGAGAUCUACGACUACCUGCGUCAGGGCAACCGACUCAAGCAGCCAAUCGACUGCCUGGAUGGCCUGUACGAGCUGAUGAUGAGCUGCUGGGCCCUCAACCCUCGCGACCGCCCCAGCUUUGAGAUCCUGCACCAAGAGCUGGAGAAGAUCCUCAAGUCCCUCCCUCCGGCCAAGGACCCAGAAGAGAUCCUCUACGUCAACAUGGACGACGGCGUGGCCCCCGGAGAGGCGGAGCUGGGUGCCGUCGGGGGUCUGGGCCCCGAGGAAGCACCGGCCAAGGAGAACCAGUCGCUCAAGCCCACGGUGACGGCGGCCGAAGUCCACCAGCCCCAGGGCAUGGGCCGCUACGUCAUGUGCCCCACCCCUCACGAGAGCAGCCGGCUACUGACGGACGCCCCCAGCUGCGCCGCCACCGAGGAAGGGGCCUGAAUGGGACGAGGCGACUUAUUCGUUGUGGCCGGGGGGGGGAGGGGGGAAGUUGCAAGCGGCCCAACUGGUGCAGUCCCUGCAAGCUUUGGAAGACGACCCACCCGUCUCUGAGGAGAGGGGAUCCAUGGAGGACUCCACAAGCUGAGGCGCACCCGCCUCCUCUCCCAAAAUGAGCCACUGCCCUGCUUUUGCCACAAGGGUCUUCCCUCCCCAUCAACCCCCUCCAGGGGGGAGUUUGGACUGGCCCAUCUCUGAGUAUGUCUCACGGCUGUACAUGCAUUGACAGUCAUGCUCCACACCACCAGCCUGAGGCCAGAUAUGUACUCUAGACUAUGAUGUUGGCAGAAGGGGGGAGUCCAUCUCAGGUUACAGGGGCCAGGGGAGGAGGGGGGACACAGUGGGGAACCCGACAGGACCGGCAGCUGCGCCCUUUUCCCCUCCUCACGUUGAAGCUACCUUAGCAAUUUGACCUCCUGUCCCCCGUUCGCAACUCCGUGGUCCAAAUUUAUCUCGCUAACACCGAGGUCUCGUCCACACUCCUGCUUGCCCCAUGCCUAGAAGGCACGAAUCUGAGCGAUUUUAACUUGCUUUCCCCCGAGAAACCUGCUCUUCGGCCAAAUCGGAGUGAAUGUCAGUCCGGAGAAAACCUAGUCGACAUUCCCUCCGAUUCGGCGGGGCAGGUGGGGAUGAGCCAUUGCCAAUGGUACUAAGGUUAUUCUGUGUGUGUGUGCUUAUGUGGCCCAGCUCCUGCCUUUUUUCGUGUUGGGCCUGGCACACAGCUGCUGAGCCGGCAGAGCAUAGAUUUGCUAUGAAGGAGAGAAAAGCCCGGCUGCUCAGUUUGUGUGCUGUUAAAGGGGAGCAGGGCGCAUUAACCAAAACGGGGGGGGGGGAGGGGGAGGUGUCGGUCCUAAUUGCAGCCAUCUGAAAGCGGUACAUACUUAGUCCUUCCCCCCUCCUUAUUUUACUACCAGCUGUUUCACUGCCAUGUUUCCGAGGUUGCAUUUAGGCCGGUGGAGAUGAAUUAAACAGGUUCCGGAGGGCUCCCGUCUGAAGGAGCUGCAACAAGGGAAAUGUACUCAGUUUGUGCACAGAUGCACACUUCUUUAAAAAAAGCCGCUAUUGCUUCUUGGGAGCCAGCCCUAGUUUUUAAAUCUGAUCCCGGAGGUUAAUUUUGGUGCAGGUUUCAGCCCGACAGACCAAUUCACCCUGUCCACACAGCACCAAAUUCUCCUCAACAGGUUAUUGGGGGUCGUCUGAUCAGCCAUAGCUGAGUCGUGCAGCCCAAUCCUCUGGGAACCCGUUUGCCCUGGGGGCAAAGAUCCCACAGGGCACUGAAGCCAUACCCAGGUGGGCGUCCCAGAGCGGGGGUCCGAAGGUAUAUUUUUAUAGCACAUUUGAGAUGGGAAAAGGGAACAAAUUGGCCUUCAAGUCUUCACACCCAGCUAGGCCAGAGCUUCCCUGGUAGCAGUGAGUUUAGCUAACUUUACUAGAAAUAUGAAGGUUGCCAUCUUCUCCCCACCCCUCAAAGACUCUUUGCCUUUCACUGAUGCAGGCAGAAACUCAACAAGUAUACCUUUCCCCCAUUCCCACAUCUCUCUGCUGGGGAAAACCCUACCUGCUGGAUGCCUGCCCAUCGUGCAGAUGUUACAAACCCUGUCUGAUCACAACCAACCCAUCUGCCACUUGGAGCAAACAUCUGGACAAGAAUUUCUCGAGUUAUUCAGACGUCUAAAGCAGCAUCAUCAGCAGGCUAUGAUCACCAAUGGCCUCUGGAUAUGAAAUAGACAAGAUUAGUGGGUGCGAUCAGAGUAGGAUUCCUUGUCUCCAACCUUCUUUCAUUUCACUGGGGCUUGUAUGAGAAUCCUGUGGGGGAAAACCCAGGGAAAUAAGUGGAGAUUGUCCAAACAGAAUUAGCUACUCGUAUGCUCCUUUUUGCUAGUGCCUCUUUGCACCAGUGCACAUGCCCACAAUUGCCAGUAAUGGCUUUCCCCCCGAAACAUCACAGCUCCACUGAAGGAGAAGACAACUCCAUAUUUCAGAGGGCAAGUCCCAGCUCUCCAUCAGUUCAAUGACACUCCAUAAAUCAGACCUGCCAGCUGCAGAGUGCCUUGAUUAAUGAUAUUUUCAUGUGGGAACACAGUCUCUGAAGCUCCCACCAGUCACAUGCAAUUUAAAGGGAAUUCACGAAUUCUGUUUUGGACAUAAUGGUAGCUUUCUCUAUCUAACAUGGAUGGGGUGCAACUGCUCACAACAGUAAUCACACCAUAAUGGUUCAUUUUUUUCUGGCUACCUCCCAGCCAUGAAAGCCAGACUAGGGAGGUGGUAAACUGAAUGCAUGUUUUGGCAAUUUCUUAUUGCAUGUUCACGGUCACUUGGGCUGGAAACAUUUCCCAGCUUUUCCUGAGAGCUGAAGAUGGGUGACAAAAAGAAAAAGACAAAUGUUCAUGCUAUACACACUCAUCCGACUUGCACUUUUGCUUAAACAGGUUUUGCAGGCUUUCCUGUUUCAAAACCUGCCGUACCUGUUCGGUCAGAAGAACCGGUGUCACAAAAGAACUGUCCUUUGAACCACUUUCAGCUCUCUUGAAACCUGUUGUCUGGCUCCAGACUUAAACUGAAGGCCUUUCCGCACAGUGAUUUUUAUUUUAUUUUAUUUGCACAAUAAAUGCACAUUUCGUUACUGA